AUGGGCGACUAUACACCAGAAGUGGCAGCUGUUCCAGUGCCUCCCCCAUCUGAGAAACAGCUGGACGACACGGGCGCCAAAUCAUCCAGUGGAGUUCUCUACCACCAGCUGCGCAGGGAGCCCUUGAACAUUGUUGGUGGUCGCGGUAGCUACCUCCUGACUGACAAUGGUCUGGAAAUCUUAGAUGCGACGUGCGGCGCCGCUGUAUCCUGUCUAGGUCACAGUGAUGAGCGUGUUCACGAAGCUAUAUCGGACCAGCUGAAAAAGAUCCCCUACUGCUAUUCUCUAUACUUUACCAACAGUGCUGCAGAGAAGUUGUCCAAACUUCUGGUUGAUUCCACUGGAGGCAAGAUGUCGCGCGCCUUCAUUGUCAGUUCGGGUACUGAAGCUGUGGAGGCGGCUGUGAAGAUGGCCAUUCAGUACUACACAGAGCUACCGGUCCCCGAGCCCCAGCGAGUGAACAUCAUUUCUCGAAAGUCAUCCUACCAUGGAAAUACCCUUGGUUCACUGGCCGUCGGACACCACGCCGCCCGGCGAAAGAUCUAUGAGAGUGUCCUCUCGAAGAAUAUGCACCAUGUGCCUCAGUGUUAUCCAUACCGAGGAAUGAAUCCCGGCGAAAGCACUGAGGGAUAUGUUGCUAGACUGGCACAAGAACUGGAAGAUGAAUUCCAGAGACUUGGCCCAAAUACAGUCUGUGCUUUCGUGGCAGAGACUAUGCCAGGUGCUACACUUGGAUGUGUUCCCCCAUUGCCCGGCUACCUCAAGGCUUUGAAAGCCGUCUGCGAACGCCACGGAGCUCUCUUCAUCUUAGACGAGGUGAUGUCCGGCAUGGGUCGCACUGGAACUCUCCACGCCUGGGAGCAAGAGGAUGUUGUCCCUGAUCUUCAAACCAUUGCCAAAGGACUCGGUGCUGGCUAUGCCCCGAUCGCGGCAUUACUGAUCAACAAGCAUGUGGUCGACACUCUGAGCAAAGGAACGGGCGCUUUCGUCCACAGUCAGACCUACCAAGGACACCCGGUCUCUUGUGCGGCUGCGUAUAGGGUGCAGCAGAUCCUACAGGAAGAUAAUCUGCUACCAAAUGUGCGGGCUAUGGGAGAAUAUCUGGACCAGCGUCUUCAUGAGCGCUUGGAUAGUCACCCACAUGUCGGUGAUAUUCGCGGCAGGGGUCUAUUUUGGGCUAUUGAAUUUGUCCAGGAUAAAGAAACGAAAGAGCCGUAUCCCCCUUCGAAGGCGCUUUCGUGGACUCUGCAUACGACGGGACUCAAGCCGGAACAUUCGAUUUCAUUGAUGCCUGGCAGUGGGGGUAUUGAUGGUGUUAACGGCGAUCAUAUUAUCUUAGCACCGCCUUAUAAUACAACUCGUGAGGAGAUUGACUUGAUAGUUGACCGGACCGUUGGUGUUAUCCAGGAGGUCCUGGGUUAA